AGGCGCAUUGGCGGUGGAGUCGGAGCGGUGGCCGAGGCGCAUUGGUGGUGGAGUGGAAGCGGUCGCGGCGGCGCAUUGGUGGUAGAGUCCGAGCGGUGGCCGAGGCGCAUUGGCGGUGGAGUCGGAGCGGAGGCUGAGACGCAUUGGUAGUGGAGUGGAAGCGGCCGCUGAGGCGCAUUGGCGGUGGAGUCGGAGCGGUCGCGGCGGCGCAUUGGUGGUGGAGUCGGAGCGGUGGUCGAGGCGCAUUGGCGGUGGAGUGGAAGCGAUCGCUGGGGCGCAUUGGCGGUGGAGUCGGAGCGGCCGCUGAGGCGCAUUGGUGGUGGAGUCGGAGCGGUGGCUGAGGCGCAUUGGCGGUGGAGUGGAGGCGGCGGAGGCGGCGCUCGUUCGGGAGAUGUACCGCAAGCGGGGAGCCUUCUCGUUGCCGAUUCACAAGCCCGGCGAGAGUGUCUGGAGACCAGCUGAGAACCGUGUGGUGCUAACGUCAGUCAUGUCCCGCAGCUGGAAGCUGCAGAUCCCUCAACCCCAAUCUCGGCUCAGCCUGGUUCUUGAAGACCAAAUGACCAUAGAGACUGAUAGAUGGGCCGAGGCCGGAUCUCCAACUGAUCUUGUUCCCCAUCAUCUGGGUUUCUUGCCCAUGAGUGGACGGCUUAUGAAAUCUGAAUCGGAAGAUUCCGGCGUGGAGAUGGCCAGUGGCGAUCAUGCCCCUUUGACCCCGGUGGAAUCCGAAAAAAGCUUUUCUUUGGAUUACCAAGAUGGUUUCCAGAUGGCAGGAGAAGAUGAGUCUGCUCCAGCCCCUCGGGAGGGUUGCCCCAAAAAAGAUGGGCCACAAGAACUGCCUGUUCUGGAUCGUGCCUACUGGCAGGAACUUUGUGUCAAAAGGAAGUUCACCGAGAUGGGUCAGAGGUCCCAGAAGAACCACUUGUACGUCCGUACGCCCAACAAGCUGAUCCAGAGGCGUCAAAGUCUGGUAGAUUUGGAGGAGUUGAAGUCCCGCUACCCACACCGGCCAGUGAGUGUUGACAGGCUUCUGGACGAGGCUUCUGGAGGAUACAGUCAAACUACAUCAGGCCGCAACACCCUUGAGGAGGAGAAAACAGAAAAAAAGGCACAACAGCCAGCAUCCCUCCCCAUGCCAGGGCCGGGUGUACGCUGCCUGGAGAACCUCUGCCAACUGAUGGAGAAAGUUAGCCAACUGCAGAAAGCCAACACGCAACUCCAGCAUGAACGUCAACUACUGGAGUGCCGAGUCCGGGCCUUGGAGUGCCAGGUCUGCACCCUACAACAGGAGAAGAAGUGCUUUUUUGAACAAAUUGCAGAAGAGCCUAAGCAGUCUCAAACGGAUCUCCAGCCGGGUGAUCCCGAAGCCAUGGAGACUGAAAAAGAGGAAAAGGGAAAUCCUGCGAAUGAAGACGAAUAUCCCGAUUUAGUGGACUCUUGGCAUCCGCAUAGCUUCCGGGCUCGUUCUGCUUCAGACACACACAUGUUCCGGAGACAAACCCAUCAUCUGGGAAACAAGAUUGAUCGUUCUAUGAUGUCAGCCCUUCACUCUGCCAGUUCACCCAGCUUAGUGGAACGACUGGGUAGCGGCUUUCAUACAUGGCCAUCAAGCCAGAAGGCAAAGAACGACCGAUCCCGCUGGGGUAGAGUUAAGGGGCUGUUGAACAGGAUAAGAAGGAGGUCUUCAAAGACCAGUGAAGUGAUUCCAUCCAGUGAUACUGCAACCAAAAGCAGGCACCAUCGAGCAGACACUGAGUUAGACCAAGAGGGAUCCUGCCCAAGGCGGCGUUUUCUGCCCAAUCUGAUGGUGAAGAUACAUCGGUCGAAACAUGUUUCCAUGGGAUGAACUACAGAUUCUCCUGGAGGCACGGCAGAUCUGCAAGUUCGGAUUUGAUACUGUUGUGCCAAUAACGGUUUGUCCCCUUCCUCACAUGUUUGUCCGAGUCCACUGACGUCACCACAUGGUUCACUAAGAGUCAUGGGAUCUGAAUAGUCUUCAGCAGAACAUUGCCGAGGCGCGCGAGAUGUUCAGGGAAGAAGCGAGGCAAAUGAGACCGGCUUUUGUUUUCUUGGAAUCGAACUGAAAUGAAAGGCCUUGGGAUUCUUCCUAGCAAAAAAGCCAGAUAUUGCUAAUAUAUUCAUUCCCAUGAAUCUUUUUUGAUCCUUUUGUGAGUGCAAUGCUGCCGUCUUGCACAAAUUAGCCUUUGCAAGAUGGGCACUUUCUUAUUUAUGGAAUAAUUUUCCCUGUUCCUUCCUAAUAUUAACAGAGAUUUCAUACAAUGGCCCAAUGCAGUAAUGCAAACCAUAGUUCAAACUGGAUUGUCAACCACAAUUAUUAUGCCAGAAAAUGACUUGUUAAUGAUUUAGAGUUUAUUUUAUUAGCUUAGCAAUAUCUUGAGUUGAGUUCACUGUUUUUGAAAGAAAUAGCAGUAUUAGAUUAGCACAGGGUUUUUUUUUGUUUUUUUUUUUUGCAGUCCUCACUAGUUUCACUUUUUUUGCACAAUGUGGCUGAUUCUCCAAAGAAAACUGGUUUUAGUGCACUGUGUUCGGGGCUGGUCCUCUGGAGAAGCUUUAUGCUGUAACAGGCAUACUGAUCUCCAAAAUAUAAUUCACUUGGCACCGUUAUUGUGUCUCUCUCUCCAUAACGCCUUUCUCUUGAGGUCUGAGGCUAUGGCUUCAUUGGUUGCUUAGGACUGUUAAAAUAAUUCAGUAUUUUGCAGGCAGAGAAAAUGGUGCAAAGAGAAUUCUCGUGUCCAUUGGGAAAUCCAUGCAUUGCAGACUGUGAAAUGUCUUGUUGGUCUUCUUGUUUAAAUUAAAUCUGAUGCUUUCUUGGGUUUUUUCCCCUUUCCCCUCCCCCCUUUGGUGCAUGCAACUGUGAAAUUUCACAGAUGAAAUUGUAUUUUUUAUAUGAUUUAACAGUUAACUAUAUAUGGGGCUGGGGGGGGGUUAAAUGUAUUUAAUGUAUUUAAUGUAUUUAAAGAAGUAAAAUAAAACAUUUUGCAGACUUUUAAA